AUGAUGUCGAAUGGUCUUCAUUCAUUAGUAAGUGAAAGUAGAUCUAAUUUGAGUGUUGGUCAAAAACAAUUGAUAUGUUUAGCAAGAGCGAUAUUGAAAAAGAGUAAAAUUCUUGUAAUUGAUGAAGCAACUGCUAAUGUGGAUAAUGUAACAAAUGAAUUGAUUCAAAGAGCCAUUCGUGAUCAAUUCAAAGAAUGUGCAGUAUUGACAGUUGCACAUCGUUUGCGUACAGUGAUUGAUAGUGAUCGUAUUAUGGUUCUUAGUAAUGGGAAAUUGGUCGAGUUUGAUUCGCCUCAAGUAUUACUUUCAAAUGAUUACUCUCAUUUUAGUUUAUUAGUAGAACAGACAGGAGUAGCUGAAGCGGAAUAUCUUCGAACAUUAGCAAACUCUACCUUAUCAUAUACAAGGCGGAAACGAGAAAUAUCUAAUUUAGACGAUGAGUCGAUAUUAGAAACUAAUGAAAUGGAUCCUCUUGUUCCUUCAUUGAAAUCAUUGUAA